UAAAUUUAAAGUAUAUAUUAAUUCCUAAGCUUGGUGAUAAGUAAUGAUUCAUCUAGCUUGGUAGCACCGUAGCACACUAUCACCAUUUAUGCUCUCGUUGAGCGCUCUUCUCUUCAUUCAUUUUCCCUCUGCUUCUCAUUUUCUCAUCUUCCCGACUUUUGAGGGGGGCCUACAGUCAAUCCUUACGCCAGUCUAAAGCCCAUUCAUAGCGCCCAUCGAUGUAAGCUUUUUGAAUGCUUCCUUGGCCGUGUCAGGUAUUCUCUCUCGGAUAGCGGAGCUCAUCCUCGUCAAUAGGCAAUUUGCGCGUGCCCUCGAAGCCCUAGGUCCGUUGCUGGAGCAGCUUCUGGAUAUCACCGCGACACCCGGCAUCUCUGUUGGCGUUUUGCAUCAUGGCGAGGUCAUCCAUACCGCGAAUUACGGAUAUCGGGAUGUCGAGCGCCAGCUCUCCCCCGAUACUGAUACGUCCUGGUUGAUCUGCUCCAUGACCAAGGCCUUCACAUGUUCCCUGAUAGGAAUGCUUGUCGAAGAAGGACUUCUUAGCUUUUCAACCCAGCUGCAAGAAAUCUUCCCCGAGUUCCAUCGUCACGAUGCCCAAGCGAACAUUACAAUUGAAGACCUCAUGAGCCACAGGACUGGUCUUGCGCCCAUGGACAAUCUCUGGUUUAGCUCCUACAAUGAAAUCCUCGUCGACAGAUACCAAGCCAUCCCAAUCAUGAGUUAUGCUCCAGUGGCCGGCCAGUUCCGCGCUUCUUUUAACUACAACAACAUUGCCUACGAAGUUCUUGGACAGAUUUUAGAAAAGGUGACUGGCCUGUCGUAUGCAGACCUCCUUCAUAAACGCAUUAUCGAGCCCUUGAAGCUCAAUAGAACCUUCUACGCGGGAGAAACUAUAGAUGACAACACCGCCAGGUCCUAUGCGGCUCUUGCUAACGGCUCAUGGCAUGAGUUGCCCCCGUGGGGUUAUGGGGAUAAUCUUUUCAUCGGACCAGGGGGUGCAAUCCGUAGUUCUGUCAACGAUUUGCUGUUUCUAUACAAAGCCUUGAUGGAUGCAGCUAAUUCGCAGGUAUGGACGGCGGCUAUCACAAAUCCGUUCAGACAAGUCCCGGGUCUCUUCGAAGGGAAAGUCAAUGUUGGCUCAACAUCUUUGCGAGAGUACAGCUACGCCUCUGGUUGGAUCCGAGCGCAGCUACCCGCCAUGGUACACCUAUUCGCUGACUACUGGCCUCCUAUACUUCUUCAAGGCGCCGAGUCCCGUUUGAUGAUACACCACCAAGGCUAUAUAAUGGGGAACGCCGGAAUUGUUACUCUUUUCCCAGAAACGUCGACUGCAAUCGUCGUUCUCGGUAACUCUGCAGGUCUGACUGACGCAAUGAGACUAUUCGGCCAGGUCCUCGUUGAGACGACGUUCGAGAAUGACUUCAAUGCAACCACCUACACCCAACUUGCCCGUGAAGCUAGGGACUACUUCGUACAAUAUGUCCACGAUCGGAACGAAGAACUGUUGGCGAACAAGACCGCGUCGGCACCUGUCAAUCCAUUAAACGCAUACGUGGGCAAGUAUUACAAUAGUAUUAGCAGCUUUUUCAUUGAGAUCAAGCUACAUGACGACAAGCUUCAAGUAGCAUUUCUGGGCGUCGAUAUCGACACUUACGAACUGCAUCCGUACCAGAACGAUAGUUUUUAUUGGACACUAGAUUUUGAUGAAAGCGCAAAACGCGCGAGGCUUCCUUGGUUCCCCGCUGAGUAUUUCGUACUAAGAUUUGGCUGUCGGUCUGAACCGUCGUGGUGGCAGUUCGGAAAAGAAGUCGAUAUGGGCUGUUUGACGUGGAAACAUGAGUUUACAGUACCCGGUGAUGGCGAAGAGUUUCGAAGGAGCGUCGAGGUCAUGGAUCAAGCGGAGUGAAUAAUGCGGUCGGAUCGCAGCAACCUGCAGAUCUAUAGUGGACAUAGUUUGUCUUGGUAGUGUACAAAAGGUUUAUAUAGCUCGAUCCGGGGAUCCUGGAGGCUAUAGUAGAUUGCAUGAACCAUGAUUGAUCUGGGAUAGCUGAGCAGAUAAUUAUUGAUUAGGUGGAGUGGAGGUCAGUAGCAGGGAGCUCGAGGAGAUGGGCCCUUUACAGCACGGCCAUAUACGAUGGGGACAUGCUACUACUAACAGUCUAGGAGAAACGACAUUUAAAUAAUUAUAGCUACGAAAACACUCGCUAUAUUUCCUUACACAUUUGACUUAUUGUAUCUUGUGAACCAUCUGCG